AUGAGCUCCCGGAGUAAACGUAUACUGGAAUUGUGUAACAACACACCACAUAAAGUACCAGUGGGGUAUAUGUCUAGCAAAAAAGACAAUGUCACUAUUACUACUCCGGAUAUCAGCGAAAAAGAAAACUUCAAUAUCUUAGAUCUACCAGUAGACAUAGUCAACGAGAGUUUUAUAGAAACGUUUGGUAUGAUUGAUGCAGAAAUUCUAGAAUCAGUUGAAACUACAAGUCUAGCAGUUCCGGAGUUUGACAAUAUGGAAAUUGUUCACGGAGAAGUUUUAGAAGUCGAAGGACUAUCUGAAGCUACAAACUUUGCAGAUCCAGAAUUCGAGUGUUCAGAUAUCGUUCAAAAUCAAACUCCAGGUGUUGAGGCAGCAGCUGAAAAUGCAGGACUCGAAGUUUCAGUACUUAAGGAGAUGGGUUGCCAAAAAGAUAGUGAAAUACAGUCAAAAGUCACGAAAUAUCGUGAAAAUAGUUUCAGCGACAAGGAAGUACAGGCACAACCACGAAAACGCUUAGCUGGUGGAAACUUAAAAAAAAUCAAUCAAGAUCUUCGAAUGAAAGGAAAGCAAUACAUGGGCUACAGAAGGCCAAAAAAUCAAACGAACACGUUUCACGAUGCACAAAGGGAACCGAGAAAACAAUCUUUAGAAUGUUCGUCACAAUUUUGUAUUAAGUCAUCAAAAUGA